AUGUCUGGCAGUCAAUCGGUCAACACAAGUAUAGCUGUUGUCGCAGCUGCUCUUUUGUACAAAAGAAUGAUGUGUGAGGGCGAUAAACCGACAAAAGUUGGUUGGUUGCUUGUCAUUGUACCUUUUGGAAAUGAAAGAAAAAAGUCUGGAUGGAUUCAUCCAAAAAAGAAAACGAUUGGUUCCACGGUUUGGUUUUUUCAAAAAAGAGUAAAAGUACAAGAUAAAAUAGAAACAAAAGGUAGAUAUCUACUUAUUCUACUCUCUUUAGAUGGAUUUAACGAAUGGGUGAUAAAGGUUGAUUUUGAUGAUGAUGAUGAUGAUGAUGAGAGUGAUUAUUACCUGAACAACCAAAAAAAGAAAAAGAUUUACUAUAAUUAA